AUGUUUGACCAUCAUCUGAAAUCACAUACUGAAGACCCAACCAUGGACGACACUAUUACUAAUAAAAGGACAAGUCAUAAAAUCGAUAAAUUAAAGUUCAAUUCACAUAAGAAUAAAAAUCUUAUCCACUCUUCGUCAAUAAAAAGACCAGCCAAACAGCAACAAAAAAUUAGCCUUGUAUAUCCUGCCAGUCCAUGUAUGUAUGUGCCUGCGAGAAACAAGUCAAGCAACGAACAUGAUCAGAAUGACUGCUCCACUGGCCAACAACAACAGAUGGAGAAUACGAAUGCCACGUCAACGGAGACAGAUAGCCGAGAUCAAUCACUUUUAACACCGCCCAGCUCACCAGAGUCUAUUAAUACAUCGCGUGCUCAGAGACCGACGGCUAAGCAUCAUUAUAAACAAUCAAGCCCAAUUAUUUCUGGAAAAAGAACCACGAGUACAUACGAAUACAAUAACCGGAUUUUGGCAGCCAAAAGAAAGGCCGAUAUACGUAGUGUUAUGAACGAAUUCAUAUCCAUGAAGAAAAAUUCCAUUCAUAUGACUCAGCACACUUAUAAUCUGGUUCUCGAAGCUCAUGCUAUCUUGCGUCGAGAAGGCACUCCGUUGAAUAAUAUGUUGAAAAUUUACAAUGAGAUGAUUUAUUCAGGAAUUCAGCCCAAUGCUUAUACCUAUGUUCUUAUGAUCCGCACUCUUUGCAAGAGAGAUGUGGAGGUUCAAAAAACAGUGGCUAUGUUGCGACGUCAAUCUGCACGUACGGGUCAAGAAAACGAAGAUAUACAAUUGCUCGAGUCGGAGGGUAACCUUAGCAAAGCACUCGCCAUCUUUCAUUACGCCAUUGCCGAUGGCGUAUCAGUACAAGCAUUCGAUGUGGAGAUAUUCAAUCAAUUACUACGCGUCUUAUCCCACUACGGCGAUACAGUGGAUGCUACCUUUGUUUACAGUCAGUUGGAGCAGCCUUUUGUUCGCGCCAAGCCGAACUCUGCUACGUAUGCUGCUCUGAUCAAUUUAUUUGGAAGAGCAGGUGAUAUCAACACGGCUCUUUAUUACUAUGGUAUUUACAAUCAAGUGAAACAGUCUCUUGGUCCACACGAUGCAUCUUACAUUUACAAUGCACUCGUCGAUUGCCAUCUAAAGUGUGGGCUACUCGAAGGCGCCUUGCACAUCAUUGAGCAUGAAAUGGUGCAGCACCAGAUCAAAUUGACUUGUAUUCCCUACAACUCCAUUAUUCGUCAUUACUGCGCGCAUGACCAGAUGGAAGAAGCGGAAGCGCUUAUUCAUCGCCUGGUGAAAGAUCACAACGAAGACCCAGACCGACAUCCUGAGCCUGAUGCCAGCAGCUAUGGUCCCAUUCUCGCGUCUUAUUGCCAACAUGAUCAUUGGGACGCGGCCACGCGUAUCUAUGAAGCUCUUCGGAAAACAGACAUCACAAAGGCGUACGGAAACCUCGCUAAUUAUGCUUUACUGUGUUUGGCCCAUGGCGAUCGUAAGAAAGCUCUAUCGAUCGUGUCUGAUGAUAUGAAAAAAGCGAAUCUGGAGCCCGACCCUAUUCUUGCGGAGCGUAUCAUUGCCAGCUUUGCUCAAGAAAAUGAAUUAGCAGAAGCCACUGAAGCGAUCCAUCUUCUCCACAAGUCCAUCUCUGUUCGUACACUGACAAAGGGCGCCCAUCAUCUGUUAGACGGCGCUCUUGAGAUUGUGCUCCAUUGUUCGUCUGUGCAGCAAGUCUUACAGGUGAUGCAUGCUGUUCAGCCCUUGGUGACCAUUAUCUAUAACCAUCAUACGACUUCCCAGCAUUCUCACCAUCGUUCUCAUUACUCCCUCCAACGUGUGGAUAGUGAUGAUAACGAUCUCUCUUCUUAUAGAAGCAUGUGUAAGACCCUGCUCGACUCCUAUUUUGACCCGUCCACCCCUGACGCUGGAGAAGAAGAAGAAGAAGAAGAAGAAGAACAACAACAACAACAAAAGCAAUCACAAAAACAUAUCUAUUCUACGGAGGAUUAUGAGCUUCUGUUUCAUGCUACUUUUGUUCUUUACGGCUAUCAAGAAGCUCAUCCACGACAUGACUCUUUUCCUUCCUCUUCUCUGAGCGAGCCUCUUUUAAGGGUUCUCGGCAACAUGCACAAAGACGGUUUGGUUCUCCCUGAUCGGCUUCACACACAAAUACUCUCCCAGUUACAAGAAUAUGGUGAUGCAGAAACUGUUUUCCGCUGGAAAUCAGCUUGUUUCCAACAAAAGAAAGAAGAUGAACCUUCUGUUGCUGAUUGUCUGACAAACGAUUCAACGUCGCCGCAUCCACUGUCUGUCAACAAGGACUACUUGGACAUGGAUCAGACCGAUGAUGAAGACAUUAUCAUUCAAAUUACCAAAGAAGAAGAAGAAGAAGAAGAAGAAGAAGAAAAAGAAGAAAAAGUCAACGGCCUGGAGAACUUGGCAUCCCAAGCCUGUCCUGCUACUGCUUGUAAGGUAAAGAAAGCAGCUUCCCCUCCUUGUGAAAAACCUACCCAUUCUGCGACUCAUACAGCGGAAUGUAACGUUGCUGCUACAGCCAUUACGAACGACAUAUUAAAGGCUGUGAUGCACGGUGAUCAUCAAAAGGCCCUACGGAUUUUCGAAAACAAAAUCAUUUGUGGUCGCCUCAUUCCCCAUCCUGAACUCAUGCGUGAUGUCAUUGCUCUAGCGGGUAAACAAGGCGAUCUUCAGACCGCGCUUACUUUGUACAACAAUGCCAUCUAUGCUUUCAAAGAUAUUGCGGAUACGGCUACGAAGAACAAUGCCAUCGCCAUGUCUACCAACAGUAUCCUUAUUAGCUACGCUCAAAGUGGCGACAUGGAGCAAGCCAAGGUGUACUUUGAUCGCAUCAAAGCCAUGGGUCGCUUCCCUGACAGCCACGGCUAUGCCAGCAUGUUACUCGGUAGUGCCAAGUCGGCGAGCACGGACGAAGCCACCGAUGCGCUGGCUAUCUACGAGGAAGCCAAACGCCACAACGUCAAGCCGACGACGUUUUUCUACAACGUGAUUAUCUCCAAGUUGGCCAAAGCGCGCAAGUUGGAUAUGGCUUUGACUCUGUUUGAGGAAAUGCGACUGUUCAAGGUGCCUGCCAACUCGAUUACGUAUGGCGCUAUUAUUUCAGCGAGUGUGCGUUCGGGGUCUGAAGCGCAUUCACGCCGUCUGUUUGCUGAGAUGCUCUCUUCUCCGUCCUAUCAGCCGCGCGUGGGGCCGUUUAACAAUAUGAUGCAGUUUUACGUACGCCAGCAGCCCAACCGUGAGCGUGUGUUGGAGUAUUUCUUGGAGCUCCGUCGGCGUCGUAUCAAGCCGUCGCCUCACAGUUACAAGCUGUUGAUGGAAGCGUAUACCCACAUUGCACCUUACGACAUGCCUAUGGCUCAUAAAUUGCUGAAGGACAUGGUCCAUUGUGAUAAACUGCGUCCCCAAGCAAGCCAUUAUGCGACACUCAUUUAUUCGUACGGCAUCCUCCAACGGGAUGUGCAGAGUGCUGAGCGUGUCUUUAGUGAGAUGAAAAAGGCGGCUAUUUCACCCGAUGAGGGGGUGUACCAAGCUCUCGUGGAUACGUUUAUUAGUAAUGGCGCUCUUGCCAAGGCGGAGCAUAUUUAUGCAACAGAAAUGGCUUCGGAACAGCAUCAUGGGUUCCCGUACAUUGAAAAUCUAUUUAUUCGAGGUUAUGGCGAGGAAGGUCAUCUAGAAAAAGCCGAGGCUAUUUUUGAAGCCAUGUCGGAUGAUAAAACACAAUUUCAUACUUCUGUGAUUCGAGAGCCCAGUACGUACGAGGCUCUGAUUCGAGCCUAUCUGAAAAAUGACCAAGUGGACAAAGCCAAAGCUGUAUUGGAUAGAAUGGUGAAGCGAGAUUUUCCACCCAAAGUUGUGGGUGCCGUUGCUGAUCUACUGGCUGACAAGCAGUCAAUCCAAUAA